GUCUAUUUCCCCAUGAGAAGUAUGCUUAUCACGCCAGAUAGAGCCCGUUCUUUGACCUCUGUCUAUAUGUCCAUGAAACGGAAGUUAAACACUUAUUUCCCCCCUAAUUGGAAGUUCGAUAUCUUAAUCUCCCCGAUUCUGAAAGCUGGAGAUGUAUAACCCCAUCGUGCUGGGUUUACUCGGUUUACUGUAUAUCGAAACCUAAUUAAACCGACUAAACCUAAUUCGAACCGAAAUAAACCUAAUUCGAACCGAAAUAAACCUAAUUACUACCCGAUUACAACCCGAUUUCAUUCACUUCCCCAAAUCAAAAUUUCUCGACGAACCCUAGAAACUCAGAAUCGAAAAUCGAAGCUCCUCGAUCUGCUGCUCAAAAUCUUGGAGAUGUCGGUAGUUCCUCAUGAUCCUGAUGUUCUCGGCGAAGCCGAAGCCGUCGGCGAUGUCGAUCCUGAAGCUAAUGACAGAGAUGAAUUUCACAUGGAAGAGAUGCUAAGGGAGUGGACCGACGAACCACCAAUCCGCCACGAUGUGUACCCGGAGAGUGAGAAUGAAGAAAACGACGACGAACCUGGAAGAUUUGAUACACAUGUAAGGCGUGGUGAUGGCCAUUUGUACUCGAAGCAGAGUUUCUUCAGUGGAGUUGCAUUCAAAGAGGCGGUUGUUGAUUACGCUCUCAGAACCGGAUGCAAUCUGAAGCAGUACAGGUAUGAUAGUGAUAAGAUUGGAUUCAAAUGUGUUGGAAAUGAUGGUAAGGAGGAUGGAGCUCGGUGUGAAUGGCAAGUUUAUGCGGCAAUACUUCCGAAGGAUCAAAUGUGGAAGAUUAGGAAAUUCAUUGACAAACAUAGCUGUAUCCCAAAUGGAGAAUGUGAGAUGUUUAAGGUGCCUCAUAUAGCUAGGUUGUUUGUCGACAAGAUUAGGGAUAAUCCCGAGUUCUACAUGCCGGCAAAGAUUGAAGAAAUCAUCUUGGAACAAUGGAAGAUUAGUGUGACUAGGAAUCAAUGUCAGUCUGCGAGGAAGAAAGCGUUACAGUGGAUUGAGAAGGAGUAUGAUGAUCAAUUUGCAAGGCUAAGGGACUAUGCGGCUGAGAUUGUAGAUUCAAACAAGGAGUCACAUGUUGAGGUAGAUUGUCUGACGACUGAUGAUGGUAAAGACAUCUUUAAUAGGUUCUAUGUUUGUUUUGACAGCCUUAGAAGAACAUGGAAGGAUUCUUGUAGGCCUCUGAUAGGUAUUGAUGGCUGUUUUCUAAAGAAUAAGGUUAAGGGACAGUUACUGGUAGCAUUAGGUAGGGAUGCUAACAAUAGGAUCUAUCCUAUAGCUUGGGGUGUGGUUAAGGUAGAGAACACAGACAAUUGGGUUUGGUUUGUGAAGCUGUUGAAAGAGGACUUGGGUUUAAGCAAUGGUGAAGGGUUCAUCAUGAUGUCUGAUAGACAAAAGGGUUUAAUCAAAGCUGUUCAGCUUGAGUUACCUAAUAUAGAGCAUCGGAUGUGUGUCCAACACAUCUAUGGGAACUUAAAGAAGACUCAUGGUAGUAAAACCAGGAUAAAGCCACUGCUCUGGAAUUUGGCUUGGGCCUAUAAUGAAAAAGAUUUUAAGCAGCACUUGGAGAAGAUAUUCUGCUAUGACAGUGUUAUCUACAAUGAUGUGAUGAAAACAAAUCCAAAGAGUUGGUCCAGGGCAUUCCAGAAAGUAGGCAGCUUCUGUGAGGAUGUUGACAACAACUCAGUGGAGUCUUUCAAUGGAUCUUUGAACAAGGCAAGAGAGAAGCGAUUUGUUGCAAUGUUAGAGACUAUCAGAAGAAUGGCCAUGGUAAGGAUUGCCAAAAGGUCUGUAGAUUCCCAUACUCACACAGGUAAGCUUCUCUCUUAA